UACUAUUAUCUUUUGUCGAGAGAACGGAAAGUCGGGAUAUAUAGAAUAAACCGAAGAUUCGGAGAGUUUCUAUCUCAUGUAUAGAGAAAAAAAACAAAAACAAGGGGCUGCAUACUUGUACUUGUAAACGUAAUUAAAUGAACUCUUGGCAGACUAUAUGCAUCCGUUGAAUUAUUCUAAUGCUAUGUCUUGGCUGUUGAAUUGGCCAUGUAAACAUAGUCAAGACUGUUUGUGGCACCUGAGUUGAAGAAGUUUAUGGUGAAUGAUGGAAAUAGGAGCUAACACCAACAAUACACCAAAACAAAAUCCUGAAAGCAUAAGUACUAAAAAGGAAGGUGUAGGAAAAAAUGUUAAUAUAUUUGUUGCUAGAAAAAAAGAAAAUAUAUCUAUAGAGGUGGUAUUACAAAAAGAACUUGUGAGGACUGUGGCCAUGUGUUUUGCUCAUCAUCUAAUUUAGCAAGACAUAAACGAGACAAUCGGUGUGGUCGAAUGCACACGUCACAUCUCUCAGGAUCGUGGAAUUGUCCCAGUUGUAAACAACACUAUAGGUUUUAUCCACUAUAUGUUAAACAUAUUAAAAAGUGUGGUAAACAAACAGAAACAAUAGCUUCCCUUCAUAAUUCACCACAAAUGGAAAAUAAACAAACAAAAAUCAUAGAGCAAACAAUUCCAAACAAAAAAUUAGGUGGUUUUCGUUCUAUACUUCAAAAAUCCUCUAACUUACCCAGUAAAUGCAAAGUAUGUGGAGUGAAUUUCCGGUCUGUUCUUCACUAUAAAACGCAUUUGAGCAGAAAGGGUUACUGCAGGCCUCGUCCUUUCACAUGCUACAGUUGUGGAAAGAUUUUUGAUACUAUACACCACCUGGUGGCUCAUGAAAAUAGAAAGUCUCCUUGUGUUCCUACUGAACUAUCAAGCUCAGAAAAAGUGGCCACUGACAAUACGGACUUACUAAGGAAUAUGUUUGAUGUGAAAAACUAUAACUCAAUGAUGGGUUCUGAGUUAGAAAAUCAAAGGCAAUAUUGCAGUUUUGCAGGCCAAGAAAAAGAGGUCAACAAAAAAUCAGAAUCUGGUGAAAACCAGUGUGAAAAGUGUGGUACAUUUUUUGAUUCUCCUUUCCUGUGUCAAAGACACAAGCUCUAUGACACACCUUGUGCCAUAAGCCCUGCAACAAGUACUGGGGACAACAACUCUCGUAAUAUAGUUGAAAGUUUAUACAGCAGAAGAAACCUUCGUGCUAGAAAACCUUUUCCAGGUCAUACACCAAAAAGACAUUCAAAGCGAGAACAUCAAUGCAGAAAGUGUGGUUAUGUAUUUUCAAGAGCUUAUCGAUUAAGAAGCCACUUAAACAGAAAGUUUCCUUGUGUUCCAUUACGCCAACAUUUCUUAACAACACACAAUCGUUCAGCUAGAAAGACUAUGCCUCCAGCCAGACUCCAGCAUGAUUUUUUAAAUCAAAACAAUCUUGAAUCAGCAGAACAGACUUUUCCAGAUGAAAAAUCAAAAAAACAUUACAAAAGUGUACAUAGUAAAAUCCUAAAGAAGUACCAAAAAAUCACAUCAUGUCGACCAAAAAUAAAUGUUGAGCCAGAGAUAAAACCCCCAGUUUGUGAGUUUUGUAACAAAACAUUUGUGAGUGCAAAAUCUUUCAUUAAGCAUAUGCAGCUUCAUCCAGGUUUCGUUGCUUCCAAUCAUCCUGUAAAAUGUCCGGGUUGUCCAGAAGUGUUUCCUAACCCAGAUGAUUUAUUUGAACAUCAAAAAGCAGAGAAGCAUUGGGGACCUAUGAUGUCUCGUACCCGUGAAUGUGAAUGUCCAUUCUGUGGGAAGGAAUUUCUUUAUAUUGGCCGUCGGAAUAGCCAUGCUAGGUUAAUUCACAUGCAGUCUAACCCAAAGGAGGUCAGAAAGUUUUUAGAUGAGACUACUUGUAAUAUUUGCUAUCGACAGUUUGUGGAUGCUUAUGAAACAUAUGCACACAUCCAGUCAGAGCACCAAGGUGUAUCACCUCCAAGUUUAGAGAGGAAUUACAUUUCUGCUGCAGAGUCAGAAGGUUUAUCUGUACCAGAAGAAAUUAUAAUAAACAAACCUGAGAGUUUGAAGAAAAAAAUAGAAACUAUGACUCCCAAUGUACUUGCUUUAAUGAAAAAAUAUCCUACAAAAUGUCCUUUCUGUCUCAAGAUUUACUCAUCCUCAUACGUACGUGAUCGACAUCUCAAGUGUCAUACUAUGGAAAAACCAUUUGUUUGUUCAUGGUGUAAAAAAUGUUUUCCCCGUUCAGAACGUCUUACACGGCAUUACCAACAAGUUCAUAAUGACUUACUUUUGUUUAAGUGCCUUGGAUGUGGAAUAAAAUUUCCCACUCGAUUGCAAAUGGUUCAACACAUUGGAAAGGCUCACACUAGUGCUUCCAGGUCAAAUCUUCUUCAUGAGAUCAAACUUGAGUCUUCAAAACCUAUACAACCAGCAGCAACAGAAAUGUUAAAAGAGGAAUUUGUAAAAAAACCUUUUCAUUAUCCAAAGCCGGGACUCAUCUUAUCACCUGAUGAUACUGUUCGUGGUAUUUAUUCGUGUGAGGUUUGUGGCAUUCAUAAUUUUACCAAAAUGACUGCUCUCCAUCGUCACAGAAAAUCUGGUUUUCAUAGAGAGAACUUAAAACAAGUUAAAUCACAAACAUCAAAAAGUUUGUCAGGUACUAGAAUGUCAGUGAACUACAAGUGUUCUGUUUGUGAUGUUUCUUACUCCAGCAUUGUUUCCUUUGUGCCUCAUCGACUUAGUCAUUUCCAAGCAAAGAACUUGGAUCCCUCAGAGAUUAAUGAAAGCAACCCAUAUAGCUGUGAAAUUUGUCAGAGAUCAAUUGAUCAUCACCAAAAAGUACAGGUACAUCUUCUGUGGCAUCUUCAAGCAGAUCGCACUCCAAGGUUUAUCAACUCUACAGACAGAGGAGCUGUAUCACAGGAAAAGAUUAUUUUUAGUGACAAAAACCUCAUUCCAGGAGACUCUUUUCAUGGCAAAGCAGAUGUGGAAAUAGGUAUUAAAACCAAAUCUUUAGAAAAUGUAGCAAAGAAAAGUAUUCAAACCUCAAUAACUCCGCAGGGGAAUUUUUAUAACAAACCACAUUUAGAAAAAGUUUCAGUUGAUGUGAAGACUGAAGAAAAGUCCCAGAAAGAUGCACUUACUUGCCAAAAAUGCCAGACUAUGUUUUCAACAAAACAACAACUCACAGCUCACAUUUGCCACUUUUGUCCUUUUAAAAGAACUUCAAAAGACUAUAUGAAAUGUGACUCUGAACAUAAAUCAUCUUCCUCCAACACUGCUGGAGAUCCCCAUUCCACUAUAUUGGAGGAUUCUUCUGUGGCUUGCACUCACUGUUCAUUAAAGUUUUUCUCCCCUACAGACCUUGAAUGGCAUGAAAAAAGUUGUUGUAAAGUUCAUAGUUCUGAAAAGAUUGAUCUAAAUAAUACAAAAACUUCUAAGUUGUAUCAGUGUAAGUACUGUUGCUGUGCUUUUAUUACGUUAGAAAUCUGUCAUGAGCAUGAGCGAGCAUAUUGUAAGAAGUCACAAACCUGUGAACAAUGUAGACUAGAUUUUAACAGUCACCAGGAUCUCAUUGACCACAUGGAGAGUUACCAUAGUGCUAAUCACCAACUGAAGUGCUAUGUUUGUGGGCAGACAUUUUACAGUCCAAGAGUUCUCAAAAAACAUCUGGAGUCUCAUGAAGACGACAUUGCAUUCAACUGUUUGUAUUGUGCAGCCUUUUUCUCAGACUUGAGGGGUCUUUUUGAACAUCUUGAAAACCAUGAAGUAAAGCUGAACAUGCAGCAGCACUAUGAUGUUGAUCUAGAAAAGGAGGGUAUUUCUCACCAAGUAGAACCUGUAAAAAAUUACAACCCUGAGAGAUAUGUUGAAAAUUUGAAAUUGUUCUCUGUGGAAGGUUCAAAAAUUAAAUUUCAGUGCUCACACUGUCCUCGAGGUUAUAAAGACAGAGCUCAUUUUCGAGAGCAUAUAGUCAUUCAUGAGCCAUUCCAUUGUGAAGUAUGUGGAGGGAUAGAGAAUACUGUUGUUGGGUUUAGAAAACAUCCCUGUAAGCUUCCAAAUGGAAAUUUGGCUACUGGAAUUCUCUAUCGAAAAAGCUGGGGAAAGAAGAUGAUCCAACUUGCCAAAAAGAAACGUUUCAAAUCUUUUAACAGUGCAACUUCUGUUAAAGCUGUACCUGUUGAUCAACAGGAAUGGAAACCUGAAGAUAGUGAUUGUGGUAAAGGUGAUGGUUCAAAAGAAUUAGCUUCAAUACAGCUGAAGAUUGCAAAUGAUUUAUCAGAAGAGUACAAGGAAAAAGUGGAAAACCAUGACUACUCACAGAAAACACUUGAUACCUUAAGAGAGAACUUUUCUCAGCUACUCUACUUCUUAGUUGCAGAUCCAGAGCUUAUGGAACAACUUGGCUGGGGAGUAAAGCUUAUUGAUACUGUAUUGGAUGAUGUUCUUUAUCACAUGGAACAGCAGCCUGUAGGAUACCAUGACAAACAGACUGAACUGGAGCGUCUGCGAAAAAACAUUCAGCUUUUACUAAGAGUUUCUGUCAAGGACCAUGUUAUGGAUGAUGUUGAAAGAGGAAGAAAGGUCAUUGACGAAUUGGUGCUGGAAAUGUUGGAGAUGUGCACUUCAAAGUUGAGUGAAGAUUCACUUGAUAGUAGUAGAGAAUGGAGCUCUACCACAGAUUAGAUUGUUUUUAUUACCUUGGAAAGGAUAAUAUUCUACAAACUCCAGUGUAAAUGGUGAAAUCCUUGCCAUUGAGUAAUUGUUACUUAUUUGAAUUCAAGUUAUUGAAUAAAUAAAUAAAUUGGGAAACGGUGAGACAGAACUAUGUUUAUAACUUGUAUUAAAUAAUAGAUAAGAUCAUUGAAAUUGCAUUGAAAUGUGUUUUGAGGAUGGCAACUAAAACCAGUAUUUAUAUUAUAAUGUACUUUUGACAAAAAGGCCUAUUAAGAUGGAAAUGAGAAAUAGUUAAGUGUAUUCACAUAUUGGUAUUUGAAGAGGAAGACAAAAACACAAGUGUGAUAUUGUAACAAUAGUCAUCCUGUUCAUUCAAAAGCUACUAAAUCUAUUCAUGUUUUAACACAUCUGUUCUUUAUGAUCUACUUGUAUAUUAGAUAUUCAACUAUGAUUUGGAAAUGAGGAAACAAGAAGUGUUGGUUGGUUUUACAUACUACUGCAAUGGUAGCUGUCAUGUUCUUUCUAAAGCUACAUAAACAUUCACCUUUUGAUCUACAUCAUUUGUUAUUAUUAAGAUUUCAACAAUCAGUGUAUACUUAUUUUACAGUAAUUCUUCAGUCUUUGUUGUACAAGUUGUUAAGUUUGUAUUACAUAAUUUACAUUUAAGAAAGUUUUUACAAAACUGUAACUAAACCAGUAAUCAUGAAGAACAACUCUGCAUGAGAUCAGAGGUAAAUAUUAUCAAGAAACUUGGUGUACUGGACAUAUUAUCAUUGUGUGUGUGGUGUGUAGAAGUCUCCCUAACCGUGUGUGCUAAUUUCUCCUCAAAACUGUUUACUGAGUAUUUCUAGGCCACAGUUGUUAAGUAGUAACUCAUUUAACUUAAAUCAAUGUCACUGUUUAAAGAACAUGUUUCUUAAAUGUUCUUUGAAGGCUGUCUGAAAAAUAUCAAUAAUGACAGAAAGAUUCAAAUUUCUUGUUGUUGUGAUUUAUACAUUGUAAUUUUUUAAGUACAUCCUGAGAAUUAGUAGUUGUUACACAAAUUGUUCACACAGUUUGUUUUGUUGGAUCUUAUAAUCUCAAGUUUCACAACUGCAGCUUUAAUUGAGUUUGUAUAGAUGAAAAUUUUAGAUUAUAUUUUUAUGUAGCUAUUUUUCAGAAGAACACUAUCUCUCUCUUCCAUAACCAGUCUAAAUCAAUGCAUUUGUUUAGAUACAUGCAUGAGGUUCAGAUUCUAUAUAUAAAUAAUACAACCAUUGUUCAGAUUUUUUAUAUUUGUGAUUUUUUCCAUCCUUGAUGUUUAGUUGUGAACUGAAAAACAAAUUAACCUUUUGAAAUACAAAUUUCCCACAUGGCAGCACUAAAAUUGUGAUUAGAAGUUUGAAAAAAUAGCCAUUGUCACAUUUAAUGGAAGUAUAAUAUACAGUUAUCUUAACUGAAAUAUGAAACCUCUUAGAGCAGUGGUUCCCAGCCUUUGGUACAAAUACCUCCAGGGAUACCCGAGGAGCUUCAAAAAACAUUAAAAUGAAAAUCAGCACAUAUGCUCAAAAUUGAAGGGCAGUCUUCAUGAGUUACCAGUAUUGCUGGGUGAUUAGUGGAAAUUAAUUGAUCAUUUUCCUAUGAAAUUUGGAUUGUUAGAAUAACAGGAAAUAGUAAAAAUUUAAAAUACUAAUUUCGAUUAGUUGAUUAUUUGGUGCAUCAUGACACUAAUUGAUAAAGCUGAACACAUUUGAAUGUACUGAAAAUAACAAUGAGAAAUCAUAGUGGCAAUUUCUCAAUUACUUGAAUAAUUGAAAAUAAGGAAAUGUUAACAUUGAUUAGUUGAUUAUAUCGAUUAACCAAGUUAUCACCCCAGGGCUGGCCUUAGGGGGGUGUGGAGUCUGAGGCAAGUACUCAGGAUUGGGUUCUCGAAUUUGCAUACUACAAGUAUACAAUCGACUUGACCAAAUGAUAACACAAAAUACAAAUGAAAUAACAUGAAACACAAGCAAAUAACAUUUAUGUACUGCACAAAUUAAUUUAUUGUUUAUUUAUAGCUAAUAAUGAUACUGAUUACAAAUGACUGAUACUGAAGAGUAAAAUACAUAUGCAUGUAGUCAGUUAAAUUAAGUUAACUUUUCGCACUUUUAUGAAAGAAAAUUGUUUGAGCAACUCAUAAUAAUCUAGCUUUUUGGAUAUCUUAUGUUCAAUGAUCAAAUAGCCAGACUCUCCAUUCUUUCUUGGCAUAUAAAGGACCUGAAAUAGUUUAAAUUUUGAAAAACUGCAUUCUCCUGCUGCUACAUUUGCUGGAAUUAUAAGAAGAAUUCGGAUAGCAACAGUUACAUUUACACAGACUUGCUUCAGCUUGUUUUUGUAGAGAAAUUGUAAAAUGUCUAGAGAACUGGUGACCUCCAAGAGCAAUACUUCAGCUAAAAUUUCGAACUCGUCAGCAAGUAUGCGUCCAUCAGUAUCAUGACCAUUGCCUUGGAUCAGAACAAUUUCCAGAUUUUUUCAGUUCCUUAAAAGAGCAUUCUUCACUAAAUCUUUCAUGUUGUAAAGGAAACCAAACAAUUUGUGAUGCUCUUUUAGCUGACAAAACCUUUCAUUUAAAGAAAUUGUUGCAGUGUCUACCACAGCAUUGAAAAAGUUUAUUCAAAAGUUGUAUUUGAGAUUAAUUACAGGAUCGUUUGGACCUUCAUAGUCAAUUUUUUUUUCUACACCGAUUAAGCUUGCAAAACAUUGGCUCAACAUCAACGUUUUCAGCAAGUUCACGUGCUGUGCCCAAGACAUUUUGGAACUCCAAGUUUCUGUACUCUGUUGUUUUUUCACACGUUGAAAUGCUUCUGUGAUGUCACUUGCAAUGCUCUACACCAUUUUGUUCACAAGUUUGAAUCAGAAUAAAAUGUCAUGCCAGAAUACCAUCACAACAAUGAAUUCAUACUUAGUUAUGCAUUGAGCAAGAGAUUCCACUUCCAUGCUUGUAAUUGGGCUAUUUGCUUCUAUAGCUUCAUAGACAUUAGUAGCGAAUGGGCUUCACAAUUUCUAUGUGAGCUUCGAACUGAGUGUCACUCAAUGGUUUAACAGUCAAGCCCAAAACAUUAUUUCAGAAAAUUGUCAGUCUUUGUGUGGAUAAACUAAACAAAACACACUGGAUUAUCCCAAAGAAAGAAGCGGUCUGUGUGCAUGUUUUGGCCAUGUCAGCUAUAAGAAGAUUCCAAUUGUGACAAGAGUAUGGUCUUAAAAAUGCCCUGAAAUUAUCUGCAAAAUCCUAGCUUGAAUGCCAGCUUUAUGGCCUUUCAUAUUAGCAUCAUUGUCAUAUUCUUGACCUCUCAUAUCUGCAAGAUCUAUGCAUACUCUUUCAAAAAAUUCAAUAAAUAUUUAGUUAGUGCUUCUCCUGUAGAUUUUUAAACUGGAAUUAUGGAUAAAAUUUUUUCCAAACUUUCAACUUCAGUGGAGCUACUAGAACUACUGUCACUUGGAAUAGGAACACUUUUGCCUCAAUCUAUGAGUGACAUUUCUUUUUGGUGGCUGAUAUCAGGAGUGCAAUCUAGAAUGACAGAAUAAUAUUUAGCAUUUUAAAUUUUCCUUACAAUGUGUGAUUUUGUGGUUGUUGCCACCAAUGAAAUUAAUUCAUUUUGUAUAGUUUUGCCAAGAUAAUGAUCAUGAAUUUCUUCUUUUUGUAUCCAAUUUAAAUGUUCUUUUAAGACAGAGUCAAACUUUGCAGUAAACUCAACCAGCCCAAGAAACUUACUGAUGCAUGUCUUGUAUAUCUUAUCUACAGAACCCCUGAAAGUUAAAUUGUGUUCUGCUAAGUAAUGCACAAUUGCUAUGAGUCUUUGGAACACAUUCUGCCAAUGAAGUUUUCUUUGGUUAAUGAUUCUCUCUUCGAUCUAGUUGAUUGUUUGCUUUUUUGUUAUUCUUACUUCGAAUUCCAGCCACUUUUGCAUGUCAUGCAUGUGCUCUUGAGCAGUUUCAUGCAUGCACAAGCUUCUGUGAAUGUUCUUGCAGUCAUUGUAUCCAUAUUGUUUAAGAGCACUGACCCUUUCCUGUGAGGUUGAGAACAGCUUGCAGCAGAAGCAGAAUGCUCUAUCUGAACUUUGUGAAUAUACAAGCUAAGUUCUAGGUGCUGUUUCGAUGUUGGUCAGUUAAUGUUGAUAAAGAUUUGAAUUAAAAUUUCUUCUGUUGCUAGUAACUGGAUAUCCAACAUUCACAAUUUAAUGGAAACCACAUUCAAUUAUUAAAUGCCCCUAAUUGCUGUCAUUGUGAGAUGGCCACUUUGUGGGAUUUGUAUAUUCUUGUAAAAAAGUUACUUUCGAAGUAUCACUAUAGUUUGUGUUCGGCUGUGCUUCAGGUUCGAUAUUAUCACAAUUAGUAAGAAUUGUUUGAGGUUGAAAUUACCACUGUCAGCCAGGAGUGUUUCCUCUUUAAUUUGUCAAUCUUCUGUAACACUGGUUUCUGGUUCGACUAUAUCCUGCUCGUUGUUAGUUGUGAUAGAAGUGCUUGGCAUGAGAAACUUUUCCAAACCACCAGACAGCUUUCACUAUCCUUUUCUAUUUUUGCUCUCUUCUUUUCCUGACUUCCUGAUUCAUAUGUUUUAUAAGCAUCUCUUGCUCACUUGGUAGAUGGCAUAAUAUAAAAACUAAUUCAUAAAGAGUAGUUUUUCUGUCUGAAAAAAAAGAAUGUAACAGUGUAAGUAUAUUAUAACACCAAAAAUUAUAACCCUCAAAAAGGCAAUAGUAACGUGUACGCGUCCCUAUGUUUGGACUUGACAAAAAUUGUUCAUUGUUAUUUUGGUCAAUGGACAGUGCGGGGCCUGAGGCAGUGGCCUUGCCCUAAAACUGGCCCUGAAUCACCUAGCUGUAGGCUUAUCAGUGUAUUCUACUAGCCAGCAUUCUUCAUUCACAUAUUGUUGACCUUGAAUUAUUUAUUUUGAUUUACAAUUUCAUCAAUAUAUAUACACCACUCUUCAGGUUUUUGAACAAAUUUUACUCAUCAGGGGUAAACUGUUGGCUCAGAAGUCUGAUUGGGAGUAUGUAGCAUAAAAGGUAGGGAACCACUUUAUAAGGCAUUGCUGUUUCUGAAACUUGUAAAUAGCUCACUUUUGAAAUAGUGCAGCAGUAAGAAUUAAGUCAUUUAUUACUAUAUAAAGAGCAGUUUGUUGGUUUUUCUUAUUAGAUAAAAGUGUAUUAAAACUUAAUCUUUUAAAGUAGGAAUUAAGAAAGUUAUUCUUUGUACAGGAUGAAUUCUGUACAGUAGUUGUAUCAGUUAUUCAGGUUCACUGUAAUUUUUUUUUAGUCUUUCACUAAUUAUAUAUGGCACAUGUACAAAUUAAGGUUUUAACUUUAAGGAAGUCCAUAUGUUUUAUUGUUGAUAAUUUUUCUCAUAUACCAAAAGAAUUUCAUAAGUAUUUUUUGUAAUACUCAGUAACAACAAAGUUCAAAUGCUUUUAUUGUCAUUGUCCUAUUUUGGAGAAACUUGAGAUAUGACUUUGUAAUUGCUUUUAAUCUUCGGUAAGAGAAAUGAAAUAGUGUGUUAAAUCAUGGUAUCAUGACUUGGAGCUGGUUUGCCUAGUCCCAUACUAGCAAAACAUUUGCAUACCACAAAACAUGAAAAAUAAACUUGUCAAGCUAAAUGCUAUGGCAUGUUAAAACAUUUUUCUAAUAAGUAACACUUUGGGUAGACAUAAUUCAUAAGGUUUUACAUAAUCUUCCUGAUGUCAUUCAUUGAAAUUGUCAGACCAUGAUAUGUAAUUAUAACAAUGUUUAGUCUCGUCAUUCAAAGCUUUAGUAAAAUGAGUCUAAUUUGGCUUUAAGCUAGUAAGAAUUUCUAAAGGAUUAGUUCAAUUUAAUUUCAGACCAGUUAGAAAUUCAGUUGAGUGAGCCUAAUUUAGCCUAUGACCUUUAGAAACUUAAUAGGAUGAGGCUUAGUAAGAAAUUCGGUAGGAUGGUGAUGAUUUAGAGCCAGACCCACUCAGAAAUUUAAUAGGACGGUGUCUACUUAGUGUCAGAUUCAGUAUAAAUUUAAUAGGAUGGUGUCUACUUAGUGUCAGAUUCAGUAGAAAUUUAAUAGGAUGGUGUCUACUUAGUGUCAGAUUCAGUAGAAAUUUAAUAGGAUGGUGUCUACUUAGUGUCAGAUUCAGUAGAAAUAUAGUAGGGAAGUGCUGACUUUGUGUCAGACCCAGUAAGAAAUUUAGUAGGAUGGUGUUAACUUUAGUAUCAGACAGAUCAGUUAAACAUUUAGUGGAUCAAUUAGAAUUUGAGUUACUGUAAGACUGGUAAAAAUCAUGACUACAAUGAGUAUGAGGUAGCCUUAGACAAUUCAGUCUUCAGUAGUUAGAUGAACAUAAUUAUUUGCAAACUAAUAAGUGUUUUAACGUAAUAAGUCUGAAUAAGUUUCAGAGCACUCUGAAUUUACUAUAAUGAAUCUGAUUCUUUUUGCAACCAUUAAGGACUUAAAAGUAGAUUUUAACCUAACUAAUAGUAAGAGCAGAAAGAAUCUUGGAGAUGUGGUCUCUUAUUUGAUUAUGCUGUUAUCAGAUAUAUGUACAUUACCUAUGCAGAAUAAGUUUAAGUAAAAAUAUGUAAUUUUUAAGACAUAAACUUUUUUUUAGUUUUUGUAGAAAGCUAAUGUGUCAACAACAAAAAAAAUGUUUUGUACAUUUAAAUAAAGAUGUGACAUUGAUCAAGUUAGACCUUAGAAGUAGUAACUUGCUUUGGACUAAUUUACAAUUAACAUGUUGUUAGGAAUUUUUAAUUAUAUUACUGUAUAUAUAUAUAUAUAUAUAUAAUGCUAUAGUGCCAUAAAUUCUUAUAUAUCUUAGUUGUUUUAGCAGAUUUUCAGUGAUUCAGUAUUACUUUAAAUCCAUGCAGUGUAAUAUAAAACCUUUUUUUUGUCUACCAUUGAUCUGAAUCUGAAACCACUGAUUAUAAUAUAAGUUACAAACUUGCUCUUGCUUGCAGAGUUGUUAAUGAUAUUUUCACUAAAUAUUUUUCCACAUGCACAACAUUUACAUUGCUGAAUACUAUUUCUAAAGAAAUCUUCUGAAACUUAUUUGAGUUGUAUUAUAUUCAUCUUUUAUUACUAUCCAGAUACAGGUCAUACAAUGGAGCAAAAAAUAUUUUUAUCCACUUGAGAAUAGGUAUUUUCUUUUAACAUGAUAGGAAGUGUGUCAUUUUUAGAUGUUGUCUAUUUUAUUAAUUUUUAAUAUUUUGUCAUGAAUAUGUAAAUGAUAGGCACUAGUGUUAAAAACCACUUUUAAAUUGUAGAAAACUUAGUUGCAAUACUGUGGUUUUUGUAUUUAAUAUGGUACCUUUCUAAAAAUGCCUUUUAAAAACAUGAAUACUGAAUUUGAAAAUGAAGGCUGUUCUCUCCUAAUAUUCAUAUGAGAUGUUAAUAUAAAAAUUGGUUUUAUACAUUUAAAAAAAAUUUACACAAAACUAUUACUUUAGUUAAAUGGAGGUUCUCAUUUUUAUGAAUCUGUAGUUUCUACAUUAUUAGUAUUUGUAAUUAUGAAAAACCAAAUUAAGUGAACAAGUGAAAAAGACAGACUGAAACUGGAAAUUAUAAUAAUCCAAAAAGAAAAACUUUUCAUUAUGAAUCAUAUUUUUAUUGGGUUCUUUUAUGAAAUUGCAGAUAGCCUAGUCUUAUUUUGAAAUAAAACUAUGGUUUUAAAAUAUACUAAAACACUAAACUUGAAAAGAGCUAAGUCUGUUUUGCAUGACUACUGUCAGAGAGAAAUAUCAGCAAACUCAAUAACUUUUACAAUACCUCAAAAAUUGAGCUAUGAAUCAUCCAUUGACUACUAUUUUUUACUAUCACUUGGGCUAUUUCUACAAGCUUACGUACAUAGUAGUAUUCAUUUUAAGAAAGAAUACUGAUUAUUUUAAUUGUGAAUUUAUCCAUUUGGAGUUAUAAAAAAAGAUCCCAUUUGGUCUAACAAUGUAGACAAAUGAAUAAAGCUGUAUAAAUAUUUUUAUUUAAUUACAAAACUUUUACAGAUAAUUGCAUUCUAAAACAGCAUAGUAUGCUUAACAUUAAUGGCAUAAAGUUAUUCACAUGAGUAGAUGCUUGAAAUGCAUAGCAUUGCACAACUUAGGAUGUUUUUAGACAAUAUUUAUUUUAUGUGUUUAUCAGCUGUGGUUAAAGACUGGGCAGAUGAAGUUCAGAAAGUAUCCAUUGUAAGUAAGUAUCCUUUCUAAAACACACUCCUUCUAAACUAAAAAAUUGAGUGGUUUAUAUGUGUAUAUUAAUAUUAAAUACAGUAAGUUAAAACAUUUGUAAAAGGUGACAUUAAAGUUUGAAUGUUUAAAAAUGGACAACAUGCAAGAAUUUGAUUAAAUAAGACAGUUUUUAAUUAUUUUUUGUGCAUAUAAAAAAUUAAAGUACUGUGUUGCUAUUUUAUUAGAACUGGUUUUAAGUCACUUAGCUGCAUAAUAAAUUAAAAAUAGUAAAUACCUGGCAGUUUUGUUGUAAGUUACACUCUGUAAAUUUUAGUGCUAAUCAACAAAUCAGAAAUACUUUGGUCAAAUUCAGGGAUGUAACUGUUACUUUGGCACAGGCUGGAGUAGCUGUAUCACUAUGUGAGUGUGUGGUUGAAUCUACUUGUAAUUCCGAUAUGAUACCUCCUCUCACACUCACAUUAUAGCUUUUCUCAUCUUAUGCUGCCCUCUAUAUGUGCAAUUUUAGCUUGCCACUAACCUUGAUACUCCCACCUACCCUAACAUAUUUACAUGUAGUAUAGCUGCACUGUAGCAUGCAAAUAAACAUGUAACAACUCUCCAUCAACAGGAGUGUGACACAUCCUUCUAGUGCAGCUGACUCCCUCUAUACUAUAGAGCAGUGUUUCUCAAACUUUCUGAAACAGUGGACCGGCUACGAAUCUUUUGAUCACCCUAAACCAA